GACUGACUGACAGCCGCCAUGCUGCUUCCUCUCCUGCACCAGUGCGGUCGCAGCUUGCUGAAAGUCGGCGCCGUCGCGACCGUGCAGACGAGCUGCUACUCCGCCAACAUGAGCAAGCGUGUGGCCGUGGUGCUGUCCGGCUGCGGCGUCUACGACGGCAGCGAGAUUCACGAAGCCUCGGCGGUUCUGGUCCACUUGAGCAGAGGCGGCGCGAGUGUGAAAAUGUUUGCACCGAACGUGGAGCAGAUGCACGUGGUGGACCACAGCAAGGGGCAGCCCACUGAGGAGAAGCGCAACGUGCUGGUGGAGAGUGCACGGUUGGCUCGCGGAGACAUCCAGGACUUGGCUCAACUCAAUGCCAGCGACCAUGACGCCAUCAUAUUGCCAGGUGGUUUCGGGGCUGCGAAGAACCUGUGCACGUGGGCGGUGCAGGGGAAGGACUGCACGGUCAACCAUCAGGUCAAGACAGCGCUGGAGGCCUUCCAUGGCGCCGGCAAACCCAUCGGACUCUGCUGCAUUUCUCCUGUCCUGGCUGCCAAAGUGUUCCCGGGCUGCGAGGUCACGGUGGGCGUGGAGAACGACGACAAGUACCCGGACACGACCGGCACGGCGGCAGCCAUCAACCAGCUGGGCUGCAAGCACGUGAGUAAGAGUGUCGGCGAAAGUCACGUGGACGCCAAGAACAAGCUGGUGACCACCUGCGCCUUCAUGUGCCAAGCACCAAUCCACCAGGUCUAUGACGGGAUUGGCGUGAUGGUGCAGGACGUGCUCAAGCUGGCGUAGCACGCUGAUGGAGUCAAACUGCAACAAAGUAGCACUUUAGUCUGAAAGCAUCUCCAGAAUUCACGUUUGGUUGUGACAUCAUUAAACCAAUCUACCAGGAUAGAUACUCAAUCAAA